AUGCACGAAAGAGCACUUGCUUUAUUAGAAUAGGAAAAUUAAAGGACUUAAAAGGAAAAUAUUGGUUUACUAGAAAAAAUACACGCUUUGGAAAACGAAAAUAGGACUUUAAGGACUGAAAAGGCUAAUUUAGACGUUUAAAUUCAUCUUUUAUAGAAUUAAUUAGAAGCAUUAGAUUAAAAAAAGAGUAAAAUGCUUAAUUUAAUGCAAAACGAACAUGAAUAAUAAUUAUUAGAUAUUAGCUCAGAAAGUGAUAAAAAUAAAAUAAUUCUUAAAUAACAUUCUUAAUUGGUUGUAGAAAAAAAUUGCUUGGAAAAUAAAGUGGAGACAUUGAAAAAACAAUUAGAAGAAAGUUAAAUGAAAUACGAAAAAUUAAUAAAUACGAUUUAGAAUUAAUAAAUUUAACUAAGAAAAAAUAAAGAAGGAAUUUAAGAUGAAAGUUUUUCAUAAAAUUCUUUUCGAAAUAAUAAUAAUUUGGAUGUAAAAGUUGAAUAUUUAGAAGGAAAAAAUAAUAAAUUAAAAUAAUUUAAAAAAAUGAUUAAUGCAAGUACAUCUAUAUAAUGCAUUUAUUGCUCAAAAUUUAUUUCUACGAAAAUAUUUUUUAAUCAUAUAAAUUUGUGUAUUAAUAAAAAUAAUUAAGAAAAUAGCCCAUAAGAUGAAUCUAAGACUAAUAUUAAUAUAUAUAAUUUAUCCUAAUUACCUGUUAACUUCCUUAAUUUAGAUUAAAAUGAUUUCACUAUAUCAAUUUAUUAAACUGUUGUUAGAGAAGCUAAUGAUAAUUAACCUUUUACUGAAUAUAUUAUUUAAAUGAUUUAUUAACUCAUUAAAUGGACUAUUGCACGUAAGUAUAAAAACUUCUGCGAAUUACAUACAUUAUUAAUGAAUACUUUCCCUGGCUUGAAGAUUUAAGAAUAAGGAAAUUUAAUAAUUUCUGAUUUAAACGGAACAAGUAAAACUAUAGAAGAUAGAUGCAAGAAUUUGCAAUAAUACAUUAGAGAAUUAGUGAAAAUAGAUAUAGUUAGAAAUUCUAAACCUUUCAAAAAUUUCCUUGAAAUCGAUAAAUAUGUUGAAAAAUAUAAACUAUGA